UGAAGGAUCAUAUGACCUCAUUUGUUAAAAAUGAAAGCUGGGAACUGCCAGCUUAAGCAUACACUGCUUGUUUUUAUCAUUUGUUUGUGUUUUUACCAUAGCCAUCAAUUUAAAGAGCUGCAGGUAUGUAGUCGAUGUGGCGGAACGGUCCUGAAUGGCUCUGCAGUGGGUCUGUUUUGCUCCCUAUCCGCUGGUCGGAUAGCCGGACGCUGCUGCAUGGGGAAUGGAACGAGUGACUUUGAACGCAUCAUCGGGUUGGAUCUGUCCAAUUGCUCCCUAAAUCACGUGGAGUAUCUCCAGGAAGCAUCCACAGCUUUAUUGAUAGAUCUUUCACAAAACACUCUCGUCAACAUCAGUGACUUGACAUUUCAAGGAUUUAUUGAGUUAAAUGACUUGAUUUUACCUGCAGACAUCACAUGUCCUGGUGGGAAUUCCUCCUGGGAAAAAGUGGAAUGGAACAAAGGAAAUUUGCAUUGCAAAGGCCAAAAGAAUAUGUGCAACCAAACCGGACAGAUGUCCGUCAAUUGUCCGGAGUUCUCCCAGUGUGGUCCCUUUGGUCCUGGCUUCUUCGAGUGCAGCUGUGCAGACAACUACCAUGGAUACAAGUGUCUCAGAGAAGGGGAAUUCCCGGCCUUCCAGGUGUUUGGGGCUAUUGGCGCCUCCACACUGGUGCUCUCCCUCCUGCUGUGGCUCACACAGAGACGAAAGGCCAAGUCACUCUAGUCAGCUCAAAAGGGAAUACGCCGCCACUCCACCUCAGUGAUUUCCAUCCUAUUUUACGCAAACAUUGGGGUUUUUACAUGAACUGGUUUUAUUAUAAGCCGGCAGUGUUUUAAAUGUAGUUUCUUUAUGGAUCGGAAACACUAAUGCUGUUUUAAGUGCUUCUUUUUUUUAUUUAUCUCACCACCCAACUAAGCUAUUUCAUUUUUAAGGCUAUUAAUUUGGCUAGAUUGUUUUUUGUGUUUUCAGUGUGAAAAACAACUCCAUUAAAAACACAAC